GGUUUGACCAGGGCUUGAGCUUUCACCCUGGGACUCUACACAAUGUAGUUGGUUUGGGGGUUCUGGCCCAUUAGCGUCCUCUACGUGAGUCAACUGGAGACUGGCUGCUUUCCACGGAGACCUGGUGAGCCUCCAUUGAUAAAAGGUUGGCUUCCUUACUUUGGACAGGCCCUGAAAUUACAAAAAGAUCCCAUAGGUUUCAUGAAAACUCUUCAAAAGCAACAUGGGGACACUUUCACUCUUCUCCUAGGAGGAAAGUACAUAACAUUUAUUAUGGAUCCUUACCAGUACCCAUUCGUGAUGAAAAAUCACAAAUUAAGCUUUAAAGUGUUUAGUAAGAAUAUAAUAAGGAAAGCAUUUUCCAUCCAAAAGUUCAUGACCAGUGAGCUGAACAAUGAACUUCGUGACUGCUAUCAACUUUUACAAGGGAAAUCGUUGGACACACUGAUGGACAACAUGAUGCAGAAUCUACAAGAAGUCUUUGAACACCAACUAUUUAAAACCACAAAUUGGGACGUGACACACCUGUUGACAUUCUGCACCUCAGCUGUAUUUGAGGCUACAUUUACAACCAUAUAUGGAAAAUUCCUUGGUGCUGAUAGGAAAAAACUUAUCACUGAACUUAAAGAAGAUUUUUUAAAAUUUGAUAACAAAUUCACACAUUUAAUAUCAGACGUACCUAUUGAGCUUCUAGGAAAUACCAAGUCUAUUCAGAAGAAACUCAUAAAAUGCUUGACAUCAGAAAAGUUAGCUAAAAUACAGGGAUGGUCAGAAAUUGUUCAAAUGAGGCAAGAUAUCCUGGAGAAAUACUAUACAUCCAAGGACGUUGAAAUAGGAGCACAUCAUUUAGGCUUUCUCUGGGCCUCUGUGGCGAACACUAUUCCAGCUAUGUUCUGGGCGAUGUAUUACCUUCUACGGCACCCAGAAGCUAUGGCAGUGCUGCGUGACGAAAUUGACCAUUUGCUGCAGUCAACAGGUCAAAAGCAAGGGUCUGGAUUUUCCAUCCACCUCACCAGAGAACAAUUGGACAGCCUGGUCUACCUAGAGAGCACCAUUCUCGAAGCUUUACGACUGUGCUCAUUUUCAAGCAUCAUUCGUUAUGUUGAAGAGGAUUUGACUCUACCUUCAGAGACCAGGGACUACUUUCUGCGCAAGGGAGACCUGAUAGCCAUCUUUCCUGCAGUCUUGCACCAGGACCCUGAAGUCUUUGAAGCUCCAGAGGAGUUUAGAUUUGACCGUUUUGUAGAAAAUGGUAAGAAGAAAACCACCUUUUUCAAAAGAGGGAAAAAGCUGAAGUUUUAUCUACUGCCCUUUGGAUUGGGAGCCAGCAAAUGCCCAGGCCGAUUUUUGGCAGUUAUUGAAAUAAAGCAAUUGCUGAUUAUACUUUUAACUUAUUUUGAUUUAGAGAUAGUGGACGACAAACCUAUACAACUAGACAAGGGCCGCUUCUUACUUGGUAUUCAGUACCCAGAUUCUGAUGUUUUAUUUAGAUACAAAGUCAAAUCUUAAAGAAGCUAAAAAGAAAGAAAUCUAUCAAAACCAACCUAAAUAUCCUCAGCUCAGUUGUGAUUUUAACUUCUGCAAAUGUCAUUGCUUUGCUUUGUUAUUUAAAAAGUGCCAAUUUUUUAUUUGAUCUGAGAUCAGUCCAGUUUGUACUUGAUCACAAAACCCAGCAGAAAAUAAAACAGAAUGGGGGCAUGAAAAUGGACAUCAAAAUCAACAUAUAAUAAACUUAAAAUAGCUUUUUGAAGUUUCUACCUAUUAUCUUCACCUGUCAUAGUAAAUAGACAGUAAUAGACUUAACACUGUGGGAUUUUUUUUUUUAAAGUCACUCAAAUUCUUCUCUCAUAUAUAAAUACACACUUUAUGCACUACUGGAAAUGGACGCAUUCUAACAACUUCCAAAUUCUCAGAGAAGAGGGAAAUUAAAUUUCCGUGAGAUAGACGGGGUGAAAAUGUUCCCUUCACAUAUAAUAUUAAUAAUAUCUGUAUUGCCAGGGUGCGUUUGCCUUAAAUGAGUUUUGCAGUAGAUUAAAUACUUCAACUUCACUUCAAUAUUUAAUCAUCCAUAAAUGCUCUUUAUUACUUUGUAUACUAUGACUCAAUAGAACACAAUUUCUUGUUCUAUAAGACCACUCAGAUUCAAGUUAGAUACUGAUAAGAUUUAAUGUAUAAGAACACACAAAAACUAUUAUAUAUUCAGCAGUUGCCCUACACGUUAGUGUUAGGUUUAUUGUAGAAGCAAAUGUUGAAAUCAUUCCAGGAUUGAUUGCAGCAUUUGGCUUUAGUGUGAACUAUAAGGGUUCUGCCAGUAUUGCAAUUAAGUCUUUCCUAAAUGCUUUUCUUUACAUAAACUGAGAAACUAAAUAGCAAUAUUUGUUCUUAACACCUCACCUUUUAGACUUGGAGUUUAUUUGUAUGAUCCUGAAUUACAACAUUAUAUAAUUAUUAUACUUAAUAAUUAUACCUAGUUACUAAGCUUAAUUUCAUACACUACAAUGCAGCAUUGUGUCCAUGAUUGAAAGAUUUCUAACAUCAGAUGCCAAGUGAUUGGCAUCUGACAUAAAUGAUAAUGUUUCUAUAUAAACAGGCAAAGCAGGUGAUGAAACCCAGGUAAUUCAUGCUGCACUGAUUGGAACUCUCAUGCUUCAGAAAUGUCCUAUUGUUUUAAAAAGGAAAUUAAUUUUAAAAAUAACAUUAUAAAAUACUUACCUUACUAAGUACAUAGAUUUGCUAGCAUUUAUUUUCUCCUUCCUGAAGUACGUGCUCUAAAUAUUCCUUAGAGAAGGUCUGCUGGUCUAAACUCUAUUUUUGCUUAGUUGACGAUGUUUUCAUUUUUGCCCUCCGUCUGAAACCACGAUCUUACUAGGUGCACACAUAUAAGUCGAGAGUUAUUUCUUCAUAGGGCUUUGAAGAUAUUGCAUGUUCCGAAGACUUCCAUUGUUAUUAUCAGUCAGUUUAAUUACUCGGUAGGUGGCCUGCGUCUUCUCUCUGACAGCUUUAAUAUGUUCUCUUUGCUUUGAUGUUGUAAGUUUCUUUCUAUUUGUCAUGCUGUGAUACUUGAGUCAGAAUAUGUGUUUUUCAUCAAGUAUGGAAUAUUUUCAGCCAUUAUCUCUUUGAAUAUUACCUCUCUCGGGCUCUGUAUUAGAUCCUUUCACUCUAUACUCCAUGUUGUUUGACUUUUUCUCCCCAUAUUUUGUAUAUCUAAUUUAUAUUCUAAGUAAUUUCUUUAGAUCUCUCUUCUAGUUUCUUCUCUGUAUCUACAAGUAAUUGGCUCUUUAACUCAUCCACUAUGUUUGUUUCUUCCUUCCUUUUAUUUUAAUCUCUGGUUCAUAGGCUGAGUAAUCAUAUUCCUUAUACCUCUUAGUUCAUAGUACAUAAUUAUAAUUGGUCCAAACAAGGCCCCUCUGGCUUUAUUUACUUAUUCUAUUUUAUACCUAACCCGCACUAUCAUACUCCUCCCCAUUGUGCGCAAACAUUCUAAAGUGUUUGAUGUUUAUCUUUUUAUGAAAUAUAUAUUAUCAUCUUGGGUGCAUUUUUUUAAUUUACAUAAAUGUAUUUUCUAUAAAUCUGAUCCUUCUUAAUUUUCUUACAAAGCUCUACGUUUUUACAGACAUAUACAUAUUGCUUUACAUACGAGGUCAGGCAAUUACGUUCGUGAACUCAUCCUAGAAAAAGUGGUACAUACUUCUUUGCUGAAUAUCAUUAUGGUCACCUUCCAAGUACUCCCCUUGGGAAGUUAUGCUCCAAUGUGAGCACGUAGUCAACCCUUUAAAGCAAUUUUGGAACUCUUUUUCUGGAAUGGUCAUCAGAGCUGUCGUCGUACUACCCUUGAUGUGCUGAAUGUCAUCAAAAUGUCUUCCUUUCAAUAUUUCCUUUAUCUUUGGGUA